CCUCGCUCCAAUUACAUUUGAAUGUUAUUCAUGUUUAGUGCUCAGUUCAGUUCAGGAAAUAUCUCUUUAUAUAGUGAAAGAACAAUAAUUGCUGCUGAGAAUAAUUUAACUAUUGUCAUAAGUUCUUAAAAUAUCUGAAGUCAAAAGCGGUGACAUUGCCUGUUUUAGUUUACCAUACUCCUAAGGAAUUUCGGGUUAUAAAAAGAAUGGCGAAAGCUGAUGAUGGUGCAGAUUUUCUGGUAGCAUCCAUACACAUCGGCACAACUUAUUCUGGCUAUGCAUUUGGAAUGAAACGGGAGUUGACCAAAGACCCUACAAAAGUAUAUUGUCCUUCGUGGGAUGUUUUAGAUGGGCCUAGUUCUUGCAAGACAUCUACGACAAUCUUGUUAGAUGAAAAUAGAAAGUUUGUGGCCUUUGGCUAUGAGGCGGAAGAGCAGUAUGCAAAAUUAGCAGAUGAGAAUGAACAUAAGGAUUAUUACUAUUUCCACAGAUUUAAAAUGAUACUGUAUGAGAAGGUCAGAACAACGGGACUUAACUUGAAUACAACAGUUCUAGACAUCCAUAAUAAAGAGCUACCGGCCAUUGAAGUUUUCUCACAUGCUAUCAGAUUCAUGAAGAACCACCUUUUUAGAAACAUUGAACGCCUGAGAAUCUUCAUUGAAAAGGAAGAUAUAUUCUGGAUUUUGACAAUUCCUGCAAUCUGGGACAGUUCUGGAAUGCAGUUCAUGACAAAAGUUGCAGACAUGGUGAACAUUGACAGUUCCAAAUUAAAAAUCAGAUCUGAGCCGGAGGCUGUUUCGAUGUGGUGUACACACUUGCCAUUUGAAAAACUUCAUGGUUCAAAAGAAAAAAUAAGUCAUUUUGAAGAAGGAAGUAGAUUCCUCGUGCUUGAUGCUGGAGGUGGAACUAUUGACAUUUUUGUCCUGGAGGUCAAAGCGGGAGGAAAACUGAGAGAAUUAGAGAGAGCUAGCUGGAGAGACUGGGGAGGAACAAGUGUUGACGAAGCAUUCAAGAAAAUGUUCUGUGACAUUUUGGGAGGAGAGGAAGAAUUGGAAAAAUAUUUUAAUCGAUAUCCAGAUGAAUACCUAAUGCUAAAUCGCAUUUUUGAAAUCAAAAAACGAAAUGCAGAAUUGUUCAGUAAAAAAAGAAGAGUACACAUGUCUAUCCCUAUCGGUUUUUGGGAUACUUUUCCUGAUAUUGAAUUUCGUACAAGCCAGUCUAUCUACAACGACAGUUUGCAGUGGAAAGCUCAUAAACUUCGGAUUGAUACCAGAACGUUAGAGGAGUGCUUUAAACCAGCUUGUGAAGGUGUAAUAGGGCAUAUCAACGAAGUGCUUCAAUUACCAAAUGUCAGAGGAAUUCAGUCUAUACUUAUGGUUGGUGGGUUUUCUGACUCACCGACUCUGCAAAAUGCAAUAAAAAAGACAUUUUCUAACUUUAACAUUCUCAUACCAGAGGAUCCAUCCCUAGCCGUCUUGAAAGGUGCUGUAUUAUUGCAUGAUAAAGAAAUAUAUUCAACGGAAGGUUUUUUUGGAAUCGAAAGCAAGCGCUUUGAAAGUGAUGAUACGAUCCUACUUCAAAUCAUCCCACAUAAACUUAAUAGCAAUCAUCGUGAAGUAAAUAAUGUUGGAUUAUCAGUUUCUUUGUUUAAAUCAAAAAAUAAGAAUUCUACGUGUUUAGAGAACAGUGAUUCUAAAUAUAUGGGGAACGUUUCGGUACCAGCGCAUGAUAUAAAACCUGCCAACAAUACAGAAUUCAAAAUAACAGUUGUACAAGGUGGUAAGGAACUAAAGAAUUGUGAAUAA